AUGUAUAUUCAAGAGAUCCCGUCUGGAUCCAUCCCGACGUUGGCGAAGCUUCUGCAGUCUCGACCCAAUGAAGCCCCAGAAGCCCUCUCUCGGCGCAUCGCCAGGGGCGUGAAAUCGUUGCCUUCCUUCCUCAGACCGAGUCGGCUGGAGAAGCUCCUCCUGCCGCCUCGCGGUCACCUCUGCCGGCUGCAUAAAGCGCUACAUCGCGAUGUGGUGGAUAUUGUGCUACAUCAUGUCCAACUGGAGGUCGGAGUACGUCUGAACAACCUCAUUUCGCAAUGCGAAUUGCUUUCCCCGGAGCAGUAUGUCCGCCUUAUGAGACUGCGAGCUCUGCACGCCUUGUGGCUCAAGCCAGAGGACUACGAAAAGACCUUCUUGACUUCCAGUCAGGGUUCAAAGUGGAGCUACCAGAAUGACCGCUGCGGCGCGUGCAUCCUGUCGUGCAUUACAUGCAACCUGGAGAUUCUCCUUGACCUGAGGUGGACGAUCCGGUCGAGGGCGACCCAAUAUUUCAUCGCCACGUAUGGAAACCCCAGACUUCAGUUGUGGGUGCAAGUUUGGAUUGCGGCGCUGGCACGGCGCGUCCAGAAGGCCACCGGUCAGGAGAUUGACCUGGACGCGGUCAUGUUGCAGAAUGAGGAGCAAGCAAUGGCCUUGAAGAAGAUACGGGCCAGCAUCGAAGCGGUGAGGCAGGAGAAAUACAAGUACAUGAAGCUGAGCAGAAGGAAAAGCGGACGGUCGAGAGCUAAGCACGACGACGGCUCUCGCCUUGUUCCCAAUCCCCAGGCUCCUCCUGAGUACGAGGCUGCCCGAACAGCCAGCCCGCCAAGCAACGACGAUCAUAACGUCGAGGAGGGUCUGCCAAAAGAGCCAAACGAGGCCGAUCUUGAAGGGAUGGACGCGUUUGAGGCGUUGACCAGCACGACAUAUCUUCCAAGUCAGCCGCAUUCGCACGUGAAAUUUACAUUUGAAUCAGAAAUUAGCUCUGUCUCGGGCGACCCACCUAUGAAAGGCCAAAGUCCUUAUGAAUACGCCUCGCCGAGGAGCGAACGACACAGUAUCUAUAGCGUGGUCGACGAUCCACAAACUAUCACUUCACAGGUGCUGAGAGACGACAAAGACGAAGAUGGGUGUCUCGAAUAUGUACCUCUGAGGUCAUGUUGGAAGACACCACCUCGACAAGAACAACAAACACAGCCACCUACGCGUUAUGGUCACUCAGUAGGCAACCAAAGCCAUAAGCGCCAGAUGCAACCGCCUUUCAUGUCGACAGAUUCUUGGGAAGCAGAGCCGUGCUUAGCCUCGAGUUCGAGCAUAUAUUCUUCCGCAACGGCGGCGUCCAACAAUCAGAGGCAGACCACCUCUCGAAGCAGGCAGCACCUGUCCAGAGUUGAUGAGCACGGGGACGAGCGGAGUGAAAGCCAAUCACGCUCUCGAUCCCGAGCUUAUGCACCGUCACCUACUACGGCACAUAAAUCACCAUCGGCAGUCCCCGGACGCAGUGCGGCAGACACCUACACUGAUCUCCUCGCGCCAUCUCCAUUCACAGAUACGUAUGAACCACCACCGAGACAACAAGAUGUGCCGGGACCUGGGCCAUCAGCAUGCACGCCUCCAGCUUCCGCGUCGGAGUUAUUUCUCCGUCUGUACGAUGAAAUCAGCCGGCCCGCCGGAGCAGGGACACAGCGGAGCUGUCACACCCCAUCGCCUUCCGUGGAGACAUGCACAUUGUCAACUACGUCUCUAUCUCCACCUGAGCCGACAUUUCAGCCCCCAGGCCGACCGGCACCGGCGCCAGCACUGUCAACACCUCCACGGCGCCCAGUGUCCUCCACAGAAGCCUUUCUCAACCUAUACGACGAGAUCGUCAACGCCUACGCGCCGACCAAGAGCCCUGCGACCACAUCGUCGUCAGAGACGCACCAUCCGGCAGCGACAUCUGUCAAGCACCACAGCCAUGUGCAUGCGCGCGCGAGAGCAGCAUCCAGGAGCUCGGCUAGUCGCGGCAGGAGCAGGAGCAGGAGCAGGAGUGACGUACACUCUACUUGGAGCCGAGCAUACGAGUCGGAAAUCGCAUCGAGGGAGGAUCUGGAUUGGUUCUACCGCGGCAGGUAA